GAGAGAGAGGGAGAGAGAGAGAGGUGCGGAUCAGUGCCUGGAUCGCGCGCCUCUUCACUCAGGAGGAUGCUGGUGGGCAAUGCCCGUGGACAGGGAGGCCGAGAUUUGCCAGAAAGCGCUGGAGCUCCUCUCGGAUCUCUGCUCUAAAGGGGAGGUGCAGAACGAGAACUGCUUGGAUUUCAUUUACUAUUUCCGGGACCUGGCUAGACCGAGGUACUCUGAAUCAGAUGUCUCGGUGAGCCUGCUGUCUUUGGUGGUGACGGCCUGUGGACUGGCCUUGUUCGGAGUCUCGCUCUUUGUCUCCUGGAAACUAUGCUGGAUCCCAUGGCGCGAGCGAGCACUCUCUCCUGGAACCAAAGAUGGCCCAACAGAGCACCCUCUUCCACCUCCUCCACCACUUCAACCGCAGCCUAUUUACACGGAAGUGGACGCUACUCUCGACCGCCGGAACCAACCUCGAGGCUCGGUGGUUAAGGAGACGACUGUGCCUCCAACGCCAGUCUCGCCGCCGGCGCCCGGGUCACCUCCACCCGUUCCGGUGCCGGAGACAGCUCUGAAAAUCAGCCACACGUCACCUGAUAUUGCCAUGGAAGCAGAGUCCAAGGCUGGGGAGGACAGCAUCUAUGGCAGCGGUCGUAUGCAGAGGCAGAUCACGGAUCCGUCAUCGACUUGUGUUCGGCCAAGCUCCAUUCGGCGCCACAUGAACCAGUCCAACCCUGACUUCAUGGUAGCCCAGUUCCAGAGGCAAGACUCGCUAACAGGGAUGAGCCUUGGCCGACUCAAACCAGAGCUGUACAAGCAGCGCUCAUUAGACAGCGAAGAAAACCGCAGUGGUCGAGGGGGAACCUGCGGCCGUCUCCAUUUCAUCCUGAAAUACGACUGUGAUCUGGAGCAGCUCAUAGUCAAGAUCCACCGCGCCCAAGACCUUCCUGCCAAGGACUUUUCCGGGACCUCGGAUCCCUACGUUAAGAUCUACCUUCUUCCUGACCGCAAGACCAAGCACCAGACCAAGGUGCAUCGGAAGACUCUGAACCCCGUUUUUGAUGAGGUCUUCCUCUUCCCUGUGGCAUACGCUGAACUUCCUACACGAAAGCUCCACUUCACGGUUUAUGAUUUUGACCGUUUUUCGCGGCAUGACAUCAUCGGACAGGUGGUAGUGGACAACUUCCUGGAUCUGGUGGAUUUUCCACGGGAGACCAAGUUGUGCAGGGACAUUCAGUACGUCUCCUCGGACAACGUGGAUCUGGGUGAUCUGAUGUUCUCGCUCUGUUACCUGCCCACUGCUGGCCGACUGACCAUCACGGUGAUAAAGGCGCGCAACCUCAAAGCCAUGGACAUCACCGGAGCCUCAGACCCCUAUGUGAAAGUCUCUCUGAUGUGCGAGGGGCGGAGAUUAAAAAAGAGGAAGACCUCGACUAAGAGGAACACCCUGAACCCGGUGUAUAACGAGGCUAUAGUAUUCGACGUCCCACCAGAGAACAUUGAUCAGAUUAGCCUCUUGAUAGCUGUGAUGGAUUACGACCGUGUAGGUCACAACGAGGUUAUAGGUGUGUGUCGGGUGGGUAACGAUGGUGAGAGCCUGGGCAGGGACCACUGGAACGAAAUGCUGACGUACCCUCGUAAACCCAUCGCCCGCUGGCACCCUCUAAUGGAGUACCAGGGCUCCGGUGGAGGAAGUCAGACAGGCUCGUGUAACUCUCUUAAGACUCCUCCGUCCCCGUAAAGCCAACCCUGCUUCUCUCCUGGAACACGAGUGGGCGAUCUGCUCCGUCCCAAAAAAAGACCUGAGAAGCUGGGAGCUGGAGCUGCUAAGCCACAGACAAGGUGUUUCUCAUGGGAAACAUUAUUUGCCUCUGGAAGCCCUUCUUUGCAUGGGAACACUUGAUUGUUUCAGCUGCAUGUUGAGUGGUUACAUACUGUAUGGUCGUUUUCUAUGAAAUAUGGUGAUAUGAAAAUUAUACAAGGGGUAUUUUGAUGUAUUUUAAUUUUCCUGAUGUUGUAGUAGCCCGAGUGUUAAAACCAAUCAGGGAGGAUGAAAAGCACACGUCUGAUGUUGUGUACACACCGUUCCCUCUUUCCAAAAAUCUUCGUUCACUUUUGCACUUGAAUUAGUGCAAAAUAGAGAAAAUAAUAAUAAUAAUAAUAAUAAUAAUAAUAAAAUACAAAUUCAUGGAUGUCUGUGAACUUGAUACAAUGUCUGUUCUUUUUUUUAUAGUCCCAUUUUUUAUGGAUAUUGUAACAUUUGUUAUUGCAUCAUACAUAGAACCUAAGGUCAUGACGUUUAUUUUUAUUUUUUACUCAAAAGUGCAUGAGUGUGUUCAGAAUAGGGUUCAGUCCGAAGUGUUUUCAUUAUAAAACUAUGUGAAUUCUGUCAACUGUUCUGCUUCCAUUUGCUGAUGAUUUAUUUACUUUGUGGUUUAAAAAAAAAGAAGAAAAAG